CAAAGGUAGGAGGAGCAGGUGUCGUGAGCUUUUUGCAGUCAGAGUCAGUCCAACGAGGGGAGUCUAAUGCAACUCAUCCAAAGAGAGAGGAUCCAAUCAAUGAAAGUGUAAAGACCGCAGAGGGCAUAGGGGUACUGAUCUUUGGCUUGGAGUCUGAUGAAGGGAUUGCAUACGGCCACAAGAGCAAGGUUGUUUAUCACCCAUUUUGACAUCAUGCACUGGGGAAAUGGUGGAGAUGGGGUGGAGGAGGGAUGCUGACAUUGAAAGGAAGCGAGACGUAGCUCAGAGACGAUCUGAGGCAUGGACACUCAUGCUGUCGCCAUGGACAACUCCAUCCCCUCUCUGCUGCUGGUCCUGGGCAUUAAGAGCCUGCUGAACUGGACCGUGGUGCUGGGCCAGAGGCAGCACAUGGUCAGGAGUUUCCUGGGGUCCUUCUGCAUCUCUCUGGCGCUGGUGGACAGCCUCCUCACGCUCGCUGUCUCCGCCAUCUACGGCCUGGAGGACUUCCGCCUCCUGGGCCUGAGGUUCACGCGGUACCACAUCUGCCUGCUGGUGCAGAUCGCCUGCUUCACCUACGGCCUCCUGCACUGGCCCGUGUUUUUCCUCGCUGGCCUGGACCACUACUGGACCCUGUGGCCCGGCCGGCACCCCUUGCGCUGGACCCGCCGGUUGGCGUACGCCUGGGCCGCCUGCGCUGUCUGGGCCGCGACUCUCUUCUACGUCUUCGCGGCGUCCGGCUUCCGCCCGGACACAGGCGAGGGCUCCCACCUCCUGCUGCGCCGGUGUCUGGUCUUCCCCAGCCCUCAGAGCACCCAGGUCUCCUCUGUCCUCUUACUGACGGUGGGCUGCACCCUCCUUUACUGUAGCCUGGGGCCCCUGCUCCCGGACGGGCCCCGGGCGGGAGGGCCACUCAGCUGGCAUGUCCUGUGCCUGACCAUCGAGCCCUUCCUGAGCACGUGGGCGCCCUUCGUGAUUUUUCAGAUGGCCCUCCUCCUGGUGUGGGCGGAUGUGCCUGCUUAUCUGGACAUGAACGUGCCCUGGCUGUGCUUCCUCAACAGCUUCCUGGUCGGCGCGCUCUCCUGGAAGCGUUUCGGGGCCUUUCGGCUCGGAAGGACCUCCUCGCUCACAGAUGGCUUCUGCGACUGGCACUUCAGCUCAGACUCCGCAGGAGCGAACAGCAGCGGCGGGGGCAAAGCUCCAAAUACUUCAAAAACCCCUGCUCUUGAUGAAAGUUGGCUAACGCUGUAGCGUGGCUGGGGGAGGCUCCGCCCCGUGGCAUUCAGGGAUGCCUCGUCUUCUCUGAUGCACACUUCAAAUUGCCGUUCGCUGUUUACAGCAUUGCGCAAUUUAAAUGACAAAGUAUGUUGUUGUGAAGCCAAGGACUUCUACACAAGUAAGACGCAAGCUUUGCAUGAUGCAGUUGAUGGACUGUAACACCAGACAAUUAGGCUACGUUCACACUGCAAGCCGUGGUGCUCAAUUCGGAUUUAUUGCUCAGAUCCGAUUUAUUUGUUUGGCUGUUCACAUUUGUUUUUUAAAUGUGGCCAAUAUCAGAUUCCAGUGUGAACUGGUCACAGUCCUGAACUGACCCGCAUGAGCAAAAGAACAAAACAAAGACGUCACACGCAGCACGCUGUCAUAUGGAAAUAAACAUGGAGGCCACUGAAGUCAGCGUUUACGCUUUUUUUUUAAUAAGUUGAUGUGCAGCGGAAGCCAGUGAAUUCAUGGGCAGGCGAUAAGGAGGACGAGGAUGAGGAGAAAGAGAGCAAAAUUUUUAAUUGCUUUUUGUGGAGCAAUGGCUGCUUCUUCAGGACGGAGGUGUGUCUGGAUGCAGAGUCGGAGCCAGGAGUGGUGGGAUCGUGACGUGUAUGGCUUCACUGAAACCGAUUACAUCCAAAAUUUCAGGAUGUCAAUGGUCUACUUUCAAUUACAUCUAAUGACAAGGAAUUUAGUCAUGUCACUUCCGCCAGCGCAGAAUUGUGACGAACGUCGAUCUAGAGUGACGUAAAUGUGACUGUUCAGACUGAGGUCGCGUUGUAAAAAAUCAGACCUGUGUCUGAUUUAGGACCACAUAUGGAAGUGGCCCAAAUCGGAAUUAAAAAGAUCAGAUUCCAUGUGGUUUGUGCUGUUCACAUUGUUAUGAUCUGAGUCACAUAUGAGCAAAAAAAAAAUCUGAUUUGGGCCACAUUUGCCUACAGUGUGAACAUAGCCUUAGAUUCUGAUUUGUUUAAGCUUGCAAAGUUGCAGCAGUGAAUGUACCUAUUUAUUACAAUAGGAUUUUUCCAUUUGUUGACUGUAAAUUACAUUACAACUCAGGUUAAAAGGGCGAUAUUAAAAGUGUAAAAAGGUAAUGUUAAAAGCUAUGUAAUAUUAAGGUACAAUAAUCUAAACCCCCUCCAGUGGCUUUGGUCCAGUUUUACUGUAUUUAUUAGGCUUGCUUUUCUGAUCAGUACUGCCAGCUAAUUAAGAACAUGUGAGAGUCCUUUAGAAGAUAGAGAAGCUGCAUUAUCACCAUUUCCCUUUGGUUGUUAAAAGUUCAUGUUAGUGGUAUAUAUUGAAAAAAUGUGAGAUGCAAACAGAAGUGGGUGGACUGCUUUUGCAAAUUAAAUAAUCAGUACUGCCCACCACAGAAAGAUUCCGACAAGCCGAAAACUGUAGUGAACAACAGCAAAGAGAUGACACAGUACCACUAGGAUGUUUUGAUUUCACUGAUUAUUAUGUUUUCAUCAAUUGGAAUUUUAUUGUCUACUCUUUUAAUGCAUUCUGCUUUUUUGCAAAAAAGGAUGGGUGUCGUAACUAUGAACUACGUCUCAUUGCAUGCACUAGCAGGCUUGUGUUGCUUCUCAGCAUCCUUAUUUGCAUGUGAUUUGGAUAUCUUUUUUGUGAUUUUUUUUUUAACGUUUAUGUUCACCUACAGGACGCUGGAAGACUGUACAGUGUAAAACACUGAAUUCAGGUCAAAUGCAUGGAAAAUUGAUGCCAAAAUCAAAAGCAAAGACAAUUCAUUUUUAAUUUUCUUCUUUUUUUUGGGCACAAACCGCCCCCGCCACAGUGUGUGUGAGCAUGUUGUUUGUGGCAUGUGAUAUAUUUAGAAACAGGAUUGGGUCUGAGACUGCAAACUAUACUCUAAACAGUCAGAAAGUAACUGAAAAUCAAUAAUCUGUCAACAAGUAGACUCAGACCACACACUCAGAUAUAGGAUUAAAUACUAUACUGAUAAUAUGGAUGUCAGUGAGAUGUUUUUGCUCGAUCACUUCUGCAGGUAAAAUAAAUUUGACAAUAAAGCGAAGGAGGAAAUGUCUGUGAUUGUGUGUGGUGGAUUGCUGAAUGCAGUUGAUUGUGAGGAAAUAUGUAGGCAGCAGCAAACUUUCCGUUA